AUGCAUUACCACUCACACUAUCAGGAUUUGCUGGAGAGUCAGGGCCCAGAGUAUGUGUAUGGAGAUCCCGAUGGCCAUGGCACUCCCACCCAAUACUGGUACAACCACGGAGACUUCCACUCCAUCAAUCCCCUUCUCGAAUCCUUCUCGCCGCACGAUAUGAGUUCCCACUACCAGAGACCUGGGGAUUUGCAACUUUCCUGUGCCUCUUAUGACCCGAUCGCUCAGGGCUUCAGCCACCGGUCUUUGUGGGAGACUGCUGACAGAGUCCUGCCUCAACUGGAUGGCUUUGACCCCGACCGUAGCGACAUUGACCAUUUCCGCCAUCUGCGUCAUCCCUCUCCUACCGACCCUUUGGGGUUCGCUCUCUCCAGCAACAGCGACUCGUCAGUCAGUGACUAUGCCCUCAGUCCAGAAGCAGCUCGGAGCUCACUGCACCUUCACUUUACCCACUCACCUCCAGGAUUUGGCGCCGCUGCCAUGGCAACAUCAUCGCUCGUGGACCACAGCUGGAACCCGCAACCCCUUUUCAUGCCUCAUCAUCCUUCCACACCUAUGUCGGCUAACCACACCGUCCCCAGCAUGAAACAUCUCCAGGUUACGCCAGAUCCGGAACACGACGAUGAGCCUGUCGAUGUGAAGGAGACUUAUCACCCCAAGAUCAAUUUUCCCGUGGAGCUCGAGCUGUCGGAACCGCUCAUUAGUCCCCCCGACUCAGGGCUGGACCAGUCAGUGCACGACGACGACAUAAUGAAAGAUGAAGAGGAGGACUCCGAGGUGACUGAGACCGAGAAUGAUGCCGAAUUCCUUCCCAAAAGGAAUGCCACCCGGCGGCCGCACGGCACCCCCAGACGCCACUCUCUACGUGAACCACGACAUCCAAAAGCAGUCAUUGACCCAAGUGCCCGAGUGCGGAAACCUGCUCCCGCCUGCGGCGCAUCCCACAAUGGUAACUCGCGCUCCAAGAACAAGAAGAAGCCCCCUGCUGUCAAGAAAAAUGAAUCGGACGCGAAGCACUUCCCUUGCGCUUUCCACCACUACGGUUGCUACGCCACGUUUGGCAACAAGAACGAGUGGAAGCGACAUGUCUCCUCUCAACACCUCCAACUUGGAUACUACCGGUGCGACAUGGGCGCUUGCUCACCGGAAACGGCGCGUAAUCAGCAUAGGGGAUUCAAUGACUUCAAUCGCAAGGAUCUUUUCACCCAACACUGCCGACGCAUGCACGCUCCCUGGUCCGGAAGUAAGAAGGGUGAGGAGGGUGUCUUGAAGAAGGAGCGGGAAAACUUCGAGAAGGAGCUCGAAGAAAUCCGUGCUCGCUGCUGGGUUGACCGCCGUAAGGGUCCUCAAAAGACCAAAUGCGGAUUUUGUGGUAAAAAAUUUGUCGAUGGCAAAGAGUCUCGUGGCUGGGAUGAAAGGAUGGAACAUGUUGGUAGACACUUUGAGAGGGACCACAUGAAGAUCAAGGACGAAGAGGUCGAUGAGGGUCUCAAGCAGUGGGCCAUCAAUGAGGGUAUUGUGAGAGAAGGAAAGAAGAGAGGAGAGUUCUGGCUUGUAGGCUUCGAGCCCGCUCAGUCCAGUCGGCGUUCCCAAGGACAGAGAAGGAGCAGACGACUGAUCAAGGAGGAAAAAGUCGAGCAGGAAGACGAGGAGAGCCACAGUAACGAUGACCACGAGGAUGAUGACGACGACGAUGACACCAGCGACAGAGAGACCACCGACGUGCAGUCAAUGAAGACUGACGAAGACGAUGAAGAAGAGGGUGCUGGGUCCGACGCCGAUGCCGAGGCCGAAGACGAAUAG